CUUCUACUUUAUUACUGUCACAGCAACUCUUGCUCACUAGUGCUCUUUUGUCAGAUGAUCUAACCGCCUACACUUCAUGCUGCGCCAAGCUGUUCGAGGAGCUCGGUGGUAUCAGCAUGCGGCGCUCAGAACACCGUCGGCUCCGUCUCUUCCUUUACGGCGAACAUUCUCCGUCGUAGCGCCACGCUCCCUCCAGUAUGGCGGCCCCAAUGACAAGGUUCGGUUUUACGAACAAGAUACUCGCGGGAGCAAAAAGAGAAGGCAGGUCAAUCCAGAAGCCGAAGACAGCGCCGAUCGGGAGGAAGUGGAGGGCGAACUGGCUAGACUUGAGAAGGAACUGCAGGAUUUGAAAGAAGGCCCUUACGGCCCUAAUAGUCAGUUCAUCAAGGAGCUACCCGAGAAGGAGAGAGCCAUUGCACUAGAAGCUCUGAGAAAAUAUGAGACGGAGCAUGGCAAGGAUGAGCCCGAUAUUGGCCUUGAGCAGGUUUUUGAUAAUGAGCUGGAUGAGAUGUUGAAAGAGGAAUUCGAGGGCCUGGCCAAAGAAGAGGAAAACUGGAAUUCGACAGGAAAAGACAACUCGCUAAAAAAGCCUGUACGGCGCCCCUACGAGGUUGCAGUAACGACUUCGGAACAACAUUCCUAUAUUGAGAAAUUCAACCAAUGCCUGACCCGGAUCGCAAGCGAUGGAUCAAACGAACGACUCGGGCCGGAGCUAUGGAAAUGGUACCGUCGUUGCAAACAGAUGAUUCCCGAAUUCCUAGAGUCAAUACCCGAGGAAGCUCUGACGUUGUUAUGGCAUGCUCAAGCUGGUGACCACACAAGAUCUUCCCGCGCAAGCCAUAUCCAAAUACUCGCUGAGGACGCAAUGUCAGUUGGAAAAUCGCUCUCGACGCCACAUCUGCUCUCCUACAUUGAGUCGCUCCGAGAGACUGGCAAAACAAAGGAAGCGCUAGAUCAGUGGGAGGCACAUCAAACGGGGCUCUCGCAAAACAAGCAAGACCUUGAAGCAUAUUGGAAAUUGGGUGUACGGCUCUUUGCUGCUGAAGAUGACCCUCAGCGAGCACAGGACAUCGCUCUCGCAUUUUUGGCAAAUGACAAGUCACGCGAACCUCGCAUCCUCCUUCCAAUUAUUACUGCUUGGGGGCGGCAGCCUGGCAAAGAAGCUGAGGUCAAGGCGUGGGCUUUAUACCUACAACUGAAAAGUCUUCUUGAGAACACAUUAACUAUGGGUGAUUAUGAUAAUAUCAGCAUUGGUCUUUUAAAAGCCGGUAGACCGAGUCUGGCUAUCGCAGUGUUCAAAGAUAUGAUGGUGACAGGGCAGGACCCAGCAAAUGAUUCGACCUCCCUCUACACAGCAGCUGUCGGCCUUGUUGGUCAUCUCCAGGCGUCGAGUAUUUCGGAGCAGGAUGUGAACAGGGUGUCGCUUUCCACGCUAACAGUCCUACCUCGGAGGUUCCAGAACCGAUUCUUCUAUGCCAGCUGGAUGAAGAAGCUCAUUGGAAUGGGUGAAGUUGACUCUGCUGCACUGGUGAUUGAGUUGAUGUAUGAACGGGGAGUGAAGCCGGAUUCAAAACAUCUCAAUGGGCUGAUUGCCGCUUGGCUUCGUGAUGGCAAUCCUGACGCGCGAGAGAAAGCUGAACGACUGGGGUGGUCUAUGGUUCAACAGCGGAUUGACAGUGUUUGGGCGCGCACCAAUUCGGCUGGAAGCUCUCCUAAAUUGACCGUAAGCCCCGAUCCAGAUAGUCCUCGCAUACCCAAGUGGAUGCGGCGAGAGAUUCCAUCCGCGAAUAUCGAGACAUUUUCCAUUCUACUCCUCCAUUAUACCCGAAGAAGCGACGAUGGCAUGGUCAAAUAUCUAGUCAAAUGCCUCGGCGAUGCUCAAAUUAAGCCAAACUCCUACUUCAUGAACCACAUCCUAUAUGCCGAGCUCCGGAAACAGGAUAUCGGAUCUUUGUGGGACAAGUUCCGAACCAUGUCUACGUCGAUCCAACCGGAUCUGGAAACCUUUGCUUGCCUAUGGGACUGCGGUAAACUUCAGUAUGACCGCGGUCGCACGGCAUUUAUUGCAGACUUUCCGUCUGCUCGCGGCCUUUAUGCGGAGAUGAUGCAGUGGUACUCUCGCCUUCCUACACGGGCCCAAGCCGCCACGCAAGGAGAGUUCUCAAAAGAACUCUAUAACCAAAUUAUUCGUUGUUUUUGUCUCUCUAAAGACCUCCCUGGCACACUGAUUGCCCUUUGCUCGUUGAGAUCAACAUUCGGGUUCUCUCCCGACGACGCGACCGCUCGUCUCAUAGUCCUACAAGUUGCACGGAUGGCCGGUGUCCCGCCCGACACACCCAAGCGCCGUCUCCGUCGCCUUUCAACGACUCCUAGAAGCAAGGAGAACAUCUCCCAUGUCAACAGGCUAGUGGAGAUCUUGAGCGAGCGCAAGGUGUCUGCUCUCCAGGCGCGGGGGCUUACUCUCGAGACUCUCGAGCCGCAGGAGCGGGAGCAGUAUCAGCUUGAUAUAAUGACUGACCUUUUACGUAUUAUCAUGGGCCGGGCUGCCACUGAAUUGAGCAGAGUUGAAGAUCAGAUUGCGUCCGUCGCAGAAGAGAUGAAUGUUGUGGGGAUCGACCUUAAAUCGUCGCUGGAGGAUAAUGACCUUUUACUGUAGGUCCACACCAGUCAUCAUUUUAGUAAUCAGGAAAAGUACAUCAUGGUGUUUAGCGGCAUUGCUUUGGGAAAGAAGAGUGGCAUGCAACAUACGGAUCGGCGUUCAGGUGGUGCUAUGUAUAUACUCCUGGCUCUUGUGUACUAUAAUAGAUUUUUCCUCUCUUGAGCUAUCUUGGAACGCUGGGGCUGUCCUAUGUUUCUGAAACCCAGUGGCUAAUAAAAAGUUGCCCCUCCGAUUGGAUUAUCUGCUAAACCACUUGUGCUAUAUAACUAGAACCAGGCCUAUCCACGCAAGGUGUAAGCCUAUUAACCCUCUCCACACCAGGCACCACCUACCGCAACAGAAACUUAAAAGACCACAGACCACCCAGUAGUCCAAGAUACAACGGCACAGACGUUACAACCAAGGAAGCGGCCUCGUUGCGGACAUUGUAUCUCGAAAAGUGACAUGUGCUUGACCCAACAUAAUGACUCGGAUGAGUGCCUCUGAUACACUGGGUCAUAUUGCCACCCACCCAUCUUUCAAUAAUCCUAUUAGACACUUUCAAGUCGGGCGUAGGAGGGAAGUAACGCUCAGGAACUUCACACCAGUAUUGGUGCUCGUUGUAUCUAUGGAUGAUAUUUGGCGUGCAGCAGGUUCGGAGUGCGUCCAAGUCUUCUGGUUCGUUCGGUUGAUC